UUGUGCUCCUAAUCUGAGGCCAGAGGUUUCGCUCAGGAAAUUAACGAAACAUUACCGUAAUGUUUAGAAAGAAGGAGCACUUCAGAUGAACGGCGGCUCGCGUGACCGCAGUGAGUCUGGGAGUCGUGACCUGGACUCGUUCAGGGCCUGAUGAGAAGCAAAGUGAUUCACAUAAACCACGGCGACACAGAAGGAGGACGGGCGCAUCUACAUCGGGGAGAAACGCACGGCGGAAAAAGGUUUACGUUUUGACGCUGCUUGUUAAAAAAUAAUGAAACGUGAGCCAAAGGCGCUGAAAUCCUAAAAUGGUUCUUCAAUCAGCUUUAUUUUAGUCAUGACACCUUUGGUAUGUUAAAAUGAUCCCGGAAAAGCCGCGUCGGUGAAACGCUGUCACCAAGUUUUCAUCCCUCGAAAAACUGGAAGCCGAGAAAACAAUUGACCUUCACCGGAUGCCGUACUGACGACAUGCCGUGCAGCAGCAUUGGUUCCGCCAUGUAGCGUUUCUGACCGGCCGCCGUUCGCGGUGGCACCGCGAGGAACACGACAUGACCUCUGAAGAUGAAACCGUCAUGACAGAAGAGACGGACGGCUCGGAACGAGUUCUGCCGCUCAAAGGUGUGGCCUUCCUGACCACGGUGGCGUCUGCGGGGGUGAUCGCAGGAUUCGGCUCCACACUGGCACUUGCCAAGAAGAAAAGUCCUGACUGGUUCAACAAGGGCGUCGUGGCGUCCGCCACCGUCCCAGAGAGCGGUGCGUCUCUUGCCCUCCGUGCCCUUGGUUGGGGGUCCCUCUUCGCCUGGGGUGGAGUUGGACUCUUGGGCGCCACCGUGUGGUUGCUCCUGGACGUUGACAGCUUGUCGGAGUUCCGCCACAAGAUGGCGACCUUCUUCCCGUCCAUUCCCAAGUCCAACACAGCUGCUUCAUCCGAACCUCUGGACUGGGAGUCUGUGAUUGCAGCCAAACCAAAGUGACUGUAGAACUGAGGUGGCGGCGCCCUCAUCUGGGUGACUUGCACUUGUGUCGGAGAAAUAAAGCUAUCUACCAGAGUUUGCACGCACUGCGGCCCAAGUGGUUGAUGGCUGCAGCUGCCUGUCUUCACUUGGGGCAGGUCUCCAUGCUGAGGCUGGUCCAUGCAUGAGCCAAGCCAUUUGGGUCUGUUGGUUCACUCUGCGAUGUGAAAUGAUGAUCGUGAUGGUGACUUGUCAGUGGAAGGUGCUAGUGAGAAGCUCUGAGUCAGACAGAAAUGAUUGGUUAAACGCAUGCCUCGUUGCGCUGCCGUCUUCUUCUUGUCACGGUGAUGUUCCGCUGACAGUUGGAGCUCUUCUCCGACAUCCAGGGAGCUGGAGGUGACGUGUAGUCACAUGUGUCCACAGUGUCUGCUCUUAGUGUGGGUGAGGACGACUGGUGGAGCGUCAUGGGGUGUUAAGAUGCAGCCACACAGUUGAGGAAACGCACAGGUCACCAUAGUAACACGUUCUAAAUAAAGCUUCACUGUCAUGGCCCCCCACAGUUGUUGUGACUGGCGCUGGGUUUGUGUCGUCACUGCUGGAUCACGGAGGCUGCCUCCGUCUGGCAGAGAUGGAAGUCAACACUGAAGACAGUCCUCCAUUCUUCCGCGCGAUCACCGCGAUGAUCUCGACAUGAUUGUUGCAGAGUUUCUGAAUGGCAGUGAUGGGCAAAUGACACCGAAGCUUUGGAGCGUGUGUCACUCUUCCUGACGUGGAGUGAUUCGAACUACUGUGUGGGACCUUAUCAAAAGAUCCAUGUCAUGUGAUCGAUGACGUCGCCAGCUUCGCGCUUCAUUGCUUCAAAAUGUUUCAAGGCUUCUUACUGGCUCAUUGCCUUUCAAUGCGUUCUGAACCAAAUGGCAGCCCAUCAUUUCUGAAGGUUUUCCUUAUAAAAACAAACUUCACAGACGGGAUACAAUGUUUCUCAAUCCAAGCACCAUGAUCAUUGUCAUAGCAGGAGGAAUAUCUAAUCCUGUUCGUGACCUGCAGUGCAGUGUUUUACAUAAAGCUUUUUACAUUUGCCUCUCAAUAUGAUCUGCAUUUAUUAUUUGCGUUAAUCUGGAAUCUACUUAAGUGUGUGGGGGAGCAUCUGCAUGUGUGAUUGUAAUGAUUAUGUUAAUAUGAUUUGGUAUGAAUGAACAAAACACUUGAAGGGCCACACAG